AUGCUUCCGCCUCCGCAACCCCCGCAAGAAGCUACUGACAUCUUCUCCAUUUCCGACCAGGUGUUGGCCGACAGACUCCAGUUCAUUGAAGAGAUCGGGUUCGGUAAUUGGGGAAGCGUCUGGCUAUGCCGUCCUAAACCCGAUCCUGCCUCUCCUUCUCUGGACAACCCUGACUCGCUGCGAGACACCAGAAUCGCUGUCAAACUCGUUCAUCGCUCAAAGACGUCUACCACAGCUGCGCGUGUUCGGUCGCUAUGGAACGAAAUGAAAGUCGUCAGAUCACUCAAACACCAACCUCACCCGUCGAUCAUCCCCUUCUAUUCCUUCAUCAUCACACCUUCAUAUGCAUUGAUCACAAUGGCCUAUCAUCCCCGUCUGGUUCCCGUGGAAGUACCGGAAAAGCACUCGAAACCGUGGUUCCGCUCGCUAUUGUCGGGCGUGGAAUUUUUGCACAAGCGCGGCGUCGUCCACAAUGACAUCAAACCUGCCAACAUUCUCAUGUCGGAAGAGCACGUCCCAGUGCUCGUCGAUUUCGGCUUCGCGGAAAGGUACGACAUUGAAUCCAGUAAGGCGUUCCACAGCAAUCUCUCGUAUGGUACACCAGAGUAUCUCUCACCUGAGCGCGCGCGCGGGAUGCCACACGACACGCGUAAAUCGGACGUGUGGGCGCUCGGCGUGACCAUUUUCGAGAUCCUCAUGGGUCGCACGCCAUUCGAGUACUCGGAGGGUGAGCAUUUCACGACAAAGGAGGAUCUCGAGAGGUACUGGAACCGCACGCUCCGUGGCAAAUGGGUGGGCACGUGGAAGAUGUCGAGGGGUCUCGAGAAGCUCCUGCGAAGGAUGGUCCUUCCUAAUGCUGAUCUGAGAUGCACCGCUAGUCAGGCCAUGGAAGAUGAGUACUGGGUGCACAAGGAAGCACCCCCUCCAUCACAUCGCAAAGGGGCCAGUGUCUCGCAUGCGCCAUCGUUGUCCCUUGGCCUCGAGAAGGACGUCUUCAAAUUCUCGGACAUCAUCUCUACCUGGUCCCCACGAUCUGUAGCCGAGAAUAUCAAGGAGAAAGACCGAGAAAGUGAGAAGGAGAGGGAGAAGGAGAAACACAGGCGUGAACGCGCCAAGAAGCGUGAUGCCGACAAGGAGAACGGUGCAGCUGAGAGAGGGCAUGUGGGCGCUCAAGAAUCAGAGGAGGCAAAGCCGGAGCGUCGGGCGAGCAGAUCGCGUCAUGCACGUACGCAGUCGCAGCCCAAGCUCCUGGUAUCAGAAGCCCGCGUUGUCAAUCAAGCCAAGAACGGAGUCAUGCCAUCUCUGCUGGAUACCCUCUCGCCGAUCAAGGCCUCCCCGCCUGCGACGCCCACCGUGUUCAGUUCAGUGCUUGGUGCUGGCAAGGAGAACGUCUCGCCUGCACCGAGCGGGAAUAGCAAGUCUGCGCGGACGACGCGCAAGCCUCUGGGUCCCCGCGGUCCUACUCCGCCUACCUCGCCGGUCGUUGCCUCGUUGCCUCUGUCACCCUCUGGCAAGGAGAACGCUGCAUCGGCCCCCCUCGCGAAGCAGAGGGAGAAAGAGGCACGGCGUAGUCGCGUCUUCAAGGACGUCACUGCUGUGAACCGCAACGCAGAGAACGCUGCGGAGAUCGUGACACCGAAGCGCCCUGCGAAGAGUCCCGAGUCGCACUCGAAUUCAGUGAGGGACAGGAUGAAGGCGUGGGAGAGGGAGAGGGAACGUUUGAGGGAGAUGGAGCUGCUGGAGGAGAGGGUGAAUGAGGUUGACGAGGAGCGGGAGCGACAGACGCGCGAGGAGGAAGAGAUCGAGGAGGAAGUCGAGGAGGAGGCGCAGAAGGAAGAGCGGGAGCUGGAGAAGGCCACUAGCGAGGAACGGCUCAAGGCGCAGGAGGAGCAGCAUCAGGCACACCUUGAGGCUGAGCGCCAGCGUGAGCUGGAUCUCGCAAGAGACAAGGCCAACGGACGGGAGAGGGGCAGAGGCCAGCAGAGAGACCGAGGGCAUAAUCUUCCUAGGCUCAAUCUCUUGCGCGGAACGUCGAUAAGUCCGCCUGACAGUCUCCCGCCCACCCCACUCAGUCCGUUGAAGGAGGAAGAGUCAGAGCCUCCUAUGUCGCCUCAGGGCGAAUAUCCUGGCAUCGGGAACGAGUCUGGCAUCAGCCUUUUCAAGCAUGGCUUGAGGAUGUCGAUCGAUAAGACGAUGAGGCUCUACAAGUCAUCGACCAUGGCGUUGGGUCGAUCGACACCUGCCCUCCAGCUGCUAAUUGACGACGAGGAUGACAUUUCCCGGAUGAGCGUUAGCGAACGCGAGUCCUGGGAGGAUGAUGAUCUAGUUCACAGAGAGUUAAACGACGCAGCCAAGUCAUCGCUGCCCGUUGUGCGGCAUGCUGUCCGGAACGAGGAGCUGGCUGCUGCCAACAAGCUGGAUCGUAUGACGAUCUGGGUUCGCAAUGUUGAGAGAGUUGUUGAGGAUGCGCGCCAGACCUUUGCAGAGUCGUCUACGAGCGGCCCUCUGCCUGCGCUCCCUCUCGCCCCAGUCUCUCGCCGUACUUCGCUCUCCCGUAGCCAGCGAUCUGCUGGACGCAUACCUCGCAAGAUUCUGGCCGCUAACCAGAUAUUCACGGACGAAUACGAGUCUGGUUUCCUGGACCAGACUGCACAGUCCUUUGACAGGUCUCAGGGCUCCAGCUUCUUCGCAGACAAGAAGGAGGAACCGAAGAGCCCGAACAACAUCAAUGAGGAUACCCUACCGACGAUCCCCUCGGAGCAGCCUAGUAUUCUUAGCAAUAACCAGAGUCUCGUUGUACCUGAGACACCCUCUCGGCGGCGUCGUGCUACGGUUGUGACUCGCUCGCCGGAACCCGCUCGUAAGAAACCGAGCUUGGAGAUCGACACGUCGCCGUCGAAACGCCGCGAGAAGUCGCGUUCUCAGAACGAUUUGAUACGACCCAUUACGCCCGUCACGAAGCUGGAAUUCGAACUGCAGAAGCUUGCGACGCCUGCCCCUCCCCAGCGGCUUUCCGCGAUGGUUGACAGAAGUAUAUUUAUUUCACCGUCCCCUAGUACUGGACCGCAGGAAGUGUUGGCAGCGCAGGAUCGAUCGCAUGACGAGCUGACUGCGUCGCCCUUCCAUGUUGAACCUUACCCGCCUCGGCGUCAAAGCGUGCAGAUAGACGCGCCUCUUGAUACGCCCGGGCGAAAGCACUUGGACGACAUCUAUGAUCGCUUCCUGAUGUCGACUGCUGGUGUGAAGCGGGUGGGCAAGGGCUAUCAAUCCCAAACCGCCGCGGUGCCCGUCUCGAACAUACCUGUCCAUAUGGCGACGCACGCAAAGCGUAACCAACAUUUCUUCCGCUCUACCAGAAGGCCGAUGCCGCCGCCGGUAUCCAGCGAUGACCUCCGUAGGGCUGCGUCUAUUGACGAGUUCGGCGUAGUCAUGCGUGCCGCCGGCGCUCACGAUCGCAGUCCCGACCCCUUCGAUCAAAGCAAGAACACUGUUGCGAUCGUUCGCAAGGCAUUCAAGGCGAUCGUCUCAGGCAAACCUAUGUCCACCAAGUCCAGAGUAGUCAUGCCAUGA